UCAACUCGAUUUCUCAGUUUGCUUAUGAAUUUUCCAGAUGGGCUAGCUGCCCAUUCAGUGUUCUUUGCUUGCAAACGCACAACGCAGCGUUUUGACACAGAAUUGGGAUUAGCUUCUAAGAGGAACAUUGCAAUUAGGGUUAGGGUUUGGUUUAUUAGUAAGAUUGGUGUCAAUGGAGAAAGGGUCUUUGGAGACGAUGGGGCAAAUGAACCGCGGAGAUUCACAGGAGGAAGAGCAGGUGAUGAGUGAAGUACACUUGGGCUGCCCACCUGGUUUCUCUGGACCCCACAUUUCCCGCUUCACCUUCUCCAUCCCGACUGAACUUGAGCCCAUAAGAUACAAUGGGACUUCCCAAGUUGAACCUGCUUCCACAAAUCAAAUGAUUAGCUUGGACGAGGAUGGUGAUCUUCUUCUCCCUAGACGCAACAAAUUAUCUACUCAGAGUUCUAGCGUGAGCAUCCAGCAUAAUAUCACAUCAUCAAUUCCAAGCGUCGGUUUGCAAGUGUGGAGGGCAGAACUUCUAUUAUCUGAUUUUUUGCUGCAUAAGAUGUUUACAUCAUCUGAACUUGAUGGAACUGUCGCAUUAGAACUUGGUGCUGGUACAGGGUUGGUGGGUGUAUUACUUGCACGUGUUGCUAAAACAGUCUUUAUAACAGACCAUGGGAAUGAGGUCCUUGACAACUGUUCUAAGAAUGUCGACCUCAAUUCUGAACUGUUCAGUCAUCGAGCUACAGUUCAUGUACGUGAACUUGAUUGGAUGAAACCCUGGCCCCCAAGAAUGACCCUAGAAGAAUCCUCCCUGGGAAAAAGGUAUUCUUGGACCUUUUCAGAAGUCGAAGCAGCCCAGGAAGCUUCUUUGCUUGUAGCUGCGGAUGUAAUCUACAGUGAUGACCUGACAGAUGCGUUUUUCAGCACUUUACAGAGAUUAAUGUCUUCGGGUUCAGAAAAGGUGUUGUACUUAGCAUUGGAAAAACGCUACAACUUCAGUGUUGAUGAUCUCAAUGUUGUUGCAAAUGGUUACUCGCAUUUCCGAAGUUUUUUGCGGUUAGAUGGGGAUGCAGAUUCCGAAGCCCUUGAAUGUGGUUCAAUGCCUUGCUUUGUGGGAAAAUGCAUAGACAUUACACAGAUUCCUCAGUAUGUGAGGGAGUAUGAUAGAGGAACUGAUGUUGAGCUUUGGCAGAUUGAGUAUAACAAAACAAAAUUAUAAACA